AUGCCCAGAAAAAAUCACCAGUCAGAUGGCAACUCCUUCAGAGUGAAAGGACACAGCUAUUUUGCAGCAGAAGAAGCUCUGGGCAUUGGAAUUUUCAUUUUGGUGCUGGCAAUUUUACUUAUCUUUGGCUGCUGGUACUACAAAAGACGCAGUGGUUACAAAAGUCUGCGGAGCAAAAGCCCUAGUGUGGGCACAGUGCGGACCGUGGUAGGAGAGGGAGCCACCCUGGACUGCAAAAUGCCUCUGCGGGAGUACAGAGACUUUAACUCUGUGGUACCUGAUGCUCCACCAGCAUAUGACAAAAUUGCAGGAGAACAUUUGCCACCGCCUUAUUCACCAUGAUAAUAAGAAAUCUUAAGCUCUGUGCCUAUAAAUUCAUUUUCUUUAUGCUUCCUUUUUGUUUUUGUUGAUGCUAAACUUUCUUUACAGCUAAAAGAGUAAUGUAAGCUACAUGCUUUCAUUAGCAGUUGCUGAAAAUUAUUCCUGCUUAGUUGGCAGAAAUAGAUCUCAAAAUA